AUGGCUGAUAAUUUAGAGGAAAGUAGUUGUAACAAUCAGAUAACAGUCACUAGCAAAAUUAGGUCUAGGAGGAACACUGCCAGUGAGGCAGAUAUGUGCAAUGCGGCAGCAGCAGCAGGCACGCAAUCAAGGUUUAGUGAGAUGAUGUAUUACAUAAAUAAUGAAAUGGACACUGGCAAAAGGUUGGCGAAAGCAGGAAGGGAAGGACUCAUUGAGAGAAUCCAAGAAUGGGCAUUAGAGCAGGCCAACCUCGAAGGGAGGAUCCAUGCUCCGAAAGAAGAAAAUAACAGACUGAGAACAGAACUAAAGACAAACGAAGGUAAAGUGAUGCCAGUAUCAUACGCUUCGAUGGCCUCAAAACCCGCAAUUAAGCUUUCGGAGAGAGAAACCAUAAUUGAGAGGCACAGACAAAAACCCGAACACACGUUAUUUAUAACGUCAGAAAAAUUCAAUAACGAUAAGAAAGUUCAAGAUGAGGUCACUAAAAUUCUAGACCCAAGGACCCAAAUUCUAAAAAUAAAUAAAAUGAGGACAACAGCUAAGGCACUCAUAAUUGAGGCAUCCUCGAAAGAAGAUAUAGACAAGAUCAUGAAUAACCCCAAUAUGAAGAAGAAUUUCAAAUGUGAAUUACCAAAGAAAAAGAGACCGCUGGUCAUAAUCUAUGACGUAGCGGUGAAUAAGCCAGAAUUAGAAACCAUAGAAGAUAUCCGCUCACAGAAUUUUGAGGAUAUCAAAGCCGAAGAUUUUGAAAAGGAAUUUAAAAUAAGGUUCAAGACUGGACCGAAGGACAGGCAAACUGCGAACUCAGUUGUGGAAGUAUCUCCACAAUUGAGAAAACGUAUGCUGGGCAGAAAGCUGUACAUUGGUUUCACGGGUGUGAAUACCAAGGAUUAUCUCGUGGUACCUAAAUGCCUGAAAUGCCAGGAUUUAGGCCACAUUGGGAAAUAUUGCUCCAAAACGGAGAAUGUUUGCAGACACUGUGGCGAAGUGGACCAUGAAAAGAAAGACAGCCCAAAGAAGCAGGACCCAGGUAUUUGCAUACCAUGCAAGUACAGGGGCAAAACAUGUAAGAACGGAUCGGACUGCCAGACGCAUAAGAUGCUGCUGGACAGGAUGAUCCAAAAUACAGAUUAUGGCCAGUAA